GCUGUCAGCGUGCUCCCAAACUUCAAUUUUGUGUAUUUUCAAACAAAUAUUUUUAUUUUGUUUGGCGAAAAAUAUUAAAAAUAAAUAAAAUUAAUAAACUAUGGAAUCGGAUACUCCAAAAACAUGCUCAUAUUGUUCAGCUGUAAUCGAAAGCGAUGACUUUCUUGAUUGUACAGUAUGCCACUCAAAUGUCCAUAUAAAAUGCCUGAAACGACCAGGUACUCCAGGGGAUCUCCUUGGUGAUGUCUUCUUCAUAUUUACUUGCACUAAUUGCUCAACUUUGGAAGGAAAACAAGAAGAAUUUGUGCGACAAAAACUUCCAUGGUUAAUGAUAAUUACAAUGGCAAUCUACAAUCUAUCAAUCAAAUCGAAUGGUCUCAGUCAUCAUGGACACUUUCACUGGAGAACCCACAUAGUUAGUUUUAUUGACAAGCACUGGGAGCACUUAUUUGAACCUAACACAAAACGCCGGAAAAAGUGGAUUGGUUCUGUGUCGGGGGCUCUAUCGCAUAACAGUCCAGAAUUCUUUCAAUCUGGCCAAGAACUGUUCCAAGAAUCUGGAUGGUGGAAACUGACUUAUAACCAAACACCCAAAUUCUAUUCAAAACUAUAUGAACAAUUUUCUCAGAAAAGACAGCAACUUCGAAAUGACAAACGAAGUGCCGAAGAAAUCAGCUAUUCAAGUGAUCAUUCAAAUUCAGCGACUGAAGAUGUCAAGCGUCGUCGAGCUGAUUCAGAAAAUGAAGAAGAACAUUGCAGUAGAACUUUACCUUACAUGGGUAGAAAACCAAAAACCAAACCAGUGAAACAAGUUAAAGUCGAACCUGUACCUGAGGAAGAAGAAGAAGAGAGCAAACAUCUGAAUUCAGUGCAAUCCAGUUUGAUGGAUUUUCUAGCUGAAAAUCUUUCUUCGGAUGGCCUAAUUUUCAAUGACAUUCAACCAGAUGACUUGGCCAAAAACGAAUUGCUUCCGUUGAUAGGAACAACAGAUAAUUCGAAUUUCUUUGAUAUAAGUCCAACAAAAAACAAUGAUUUAAAAUUGGGUAGUUUUUCGGAAAAUUUCGAUCAAGAUGAAGUUCCACAUACAAGUCCUACAAAAACUCCAGAAGAUGGACUAUAUCUUCCUCGUAUUCUUCAAGUAACAAACUACCAACAAAUGGAUGCGGCCGAUACAAAUUCAGAAGGCACUACAAUCAAAGAAGAACCUGCAAGUGAAUCUGAAAACGACGAUUCCUAUGAAGUUGAGGAGGACGAUGAUGGUCCAGUAGAAGUUUGUGCCAAAAGUUUAUUUACAAAACAGCCAAUACGAGAUUAUCCUUGGUUGUCAGAGAACCAAGAUGAAGAAGAGAAUUUAGAAAAUGAAUCUCUUUUUAUGGAAGGACGAUUAAUUCCAAUGAGUGAAUACGAAGAAAAAGAACUGUAUAACAAGCUGCGUAACAUAUUGAGCAUGGAACAACAGUGUAAGCUUGAAGUUCCAACUUACGUGAGACGAUUCUAUCGUAAAUUAGUUGUAAGAGAAUUGAGAAGAGCUUACUCAAAACCAUUGUUCAAUAUUGACGCUUAUGUUCAAAACAAAAGUGAAUUUGAAAAUGCGUCGAAGAAUCAAAUAUUGGAUCGUUAUCAGAUUAUUUCGAGUUCAAAUCAAUCAGCUAUGACUUCUUUUCAUGCCAAAAUUGCGGGAUCUUUUCUCUAUGAAGUUUUUGAAUCUCCGUAUACUUCACGAAUUCUUCAUCCGUUCAUCUAUCGUAAUACAAAAUGUUUUCCUCCAUGGAUGAAACUGAUGUGUGAAUUGGAACACACUGUGACUGGCAAAACUCCCAAACGAUCAACAGUGGAUUUUUGCUAUGUUCGUCCUAAUCAUAUUGCUGCUGUGAAUGCUUUGUUGCAGUCUUACUUUUGGCCUGGCAUUGAUAUGUCCGAGUGUCUAAGCUAUCCAGACUUUAGCGUUGUUGCUAUGUAUAAGAAACUUGUCGUGGGUUGUGCAUUCCUUGUGCCAGAUGUUGGAUUCAAUGAAGCUUAUAUAUCUUUUAUGGCUGUUCGUCCUGGUUGGCAACGCAGUGGAAUUGCCAGUUUUAUGUUGUAUCAUUUGAUUCAGACUUGCAUGAGCAAAGAUAUAACUUUGCAUGUGUCUGCAACUAAUCCAGCUGUGUGCCUUUAUCAGAAGUUUGGAUUUAAGAUUGAAGAAGUAAUUUUAGGUUUUUAUGAAAAGUAUUUGCCAAUUGAUUCGAAACAUAGUCGACAUGCAUUUUUUUUGCGCUUGAUGCGAUAGUUGGUAAAUAAGUGAAAGUUUUAUUUCACUGAUUGGCAUUAUGUAUAAAAAAUUGUAAAUAAAA